AUGGAAAAACCAUUUCCACCAAGUUACAACCUUACAUUGAAUACAAAUGAAGAUCCUGAACCAUCUUCUUCACAAACAAUAAAAGUAGAAGAAAAUUCUCAAUUAGCUAUAACAUGUACUCGAGAUGAGAAUUUUAAAAGUUCAGAAUUCAGUUUAAAGAAGAAUAAGCAAGUUAUAGGAAUGACAGACACUAAAGGAAGAAAAAUAACUUAUCAUAUACACGAAUAUAGUACAUUACAUGAUGGUAUGUACAUAUGUGAGUCGCAAAGAAAUGAUGGAACAUAUCAUUCUCGUCAACUUCGUUUGUCUAGCAAGAGUAAAAUGCCAAGGAACACUAAGUAUUGUGAGGAUGAGUCAUCUGAUCUAUGCGGGAUUAAUGGAGUCUGUGCACUGCAUAAUGGUAUACCAACAUGCUAUUGUCAUAAAGAUUAUGAAGGAGAGCAUUGCGGAAGAGCUGUAGUAUCUGAUCUUAAUAACACAAGUUAUUCUACAAUCGAUAGAGACCAACGACUUGGGCUCUCCUUAAAUAAUGUGUGUAUGAUAGGUGUAAUUGUGUUACUUAUUAUAAUUUUCGCACAAUGGUUACAAAUAAAAAAAUUGAAGAAAGAAAAAAAAAGCCCAUCGAAGCUAAUGGAUGUCAAAAUUGGAUCCAAUGAUCAAGUACCCAAUAUCAACGGCAAAACGCUAUUCUAUAACACAGAGUCCGAUAUGAGUUCUAGAACCAUUGAUCCUAAUGCUCCAGGACGUGAUAUACGACGAAAUGACAGUAUAAGAAGGAACGUUUUCGACAAGAAGAAGGGAAAACCAUUCGAAACAACAGAACAAGAAGAAUCUCUUGUAAAACUCAACGGAGUUCCUCCGAAUGAUUAG